AGCUGGUGCCCGGAGUGGAGAGAGGAUCCCGAGCAGUAAGUGUCCGGCGGGGCCGCGGGUUCGCCUCCUCCGUACGGACGCGCUCGUUACCACUAUCGGAUUAAAAGAAGGAAGAGAGCGAGAGAAGAAAAAAAACUUGAGGCGAAAUUAAAACACAAAAAAGGCAAAAAUAAAAUAAAAAAGGAAGAAGAGAAAAGAAGAAGAAGGAGUCGGGAGCUCGGGACGGGAAUACGGAUAAAAGGUGGAGUGUGGGAAAGAAAGCGUAAACUCCAGGCACACACUGAGCUUCCCCCUCCUCCCUCAGCCUGGACAGGAGGAAAGGGGGGGGGGAGACACAGAUAACAGAGUGUCCCUGCACUCCCGAUCAGACAAUAGGGCUCCGGGUGCCGCACUCUGCCGGGAACAGGCACCGGUCUGCCUCACACUGCAUGGUCCGAAAGAAUUAAGACAAUAUGGAAUGACAUGAGAGAUUAACGAAGGAUUACUGGCUCUGAGGACAAACACCUCUGUUGGGAGGUGAAGCACAAUCUCACGCUCGUGGCUCCAAAGAGAAUCAAAAUGGCGGAUCCCGGCAUGAUGAGUUUAUUUGGGGAAGAUGGGAAUAUGUUCAGCGAAGGGUUGGAGGGCCUGGGUGAAUGUGGAUAUCCUGAGAACUCUGUCAACUCCAUGACUCCGCAGAUGCCAAUGGAUCAGGGUUUUGGUUCUUUGCAGUCUCCACUCCACCACAAUCCCAACAGUCAAAACCAAGCAAAGUUGACCCACUUUGAUCACUAUAACCAGUAUGAGCCACAGAAAAUUCACAUGAUGGACCAGCCUAACAGAAUGAUGGUUAACACUCCUGGGAAUGGGAUUGCCUCUCCACAUUCGCAGUAUCACAACACAUCUGUUUCUCAGGUCCCCCAUGGUGGUGGCCAAAUGGGAGUUUAUACUGGAAUGCAGAAUGAAAGGCACGGGCCGUCAUUUGUAGACAGUGGUUCUAUGUGGGGACCAAGGGCAGUGCAGGUGCCUGACCAGAUAAGGCCACCUUACCAGCAGCCGCAGUCACAGCAGCAGCCCCCCACACCUUCCGGACCUCAGGGUCCUCCUCACCCGCAACAUGUUCAACAAAUGGGAAACUACAUGGUUCGAGGAGAUUUCUCAAUGCAACAGCACGGUCCACUGCAGUCGCAGAGGAUGAACCAGUUCACGCAAGGACAAGAUGGUCUUAAUCAAGGAAAUCCCUUCAUUGGGACUGCAGGACCUGGUCAUAUGUCUCAUGUACCACAACAAAAUCCCAACAUGGGGCCCUCACUGCGUCACCCGGUCCAGCAAUUUCACCACCACCCCCCCACUACUCUCCAUGGAGAAUCUGUUGCUCACAGUCCUAGAUUUUCUCCUAAUACUCCUCAGCAGGGUGCAGUUAGGCCACAGUCCCUUAAUUUUAAUUCUAGAAACCAGACUGUACCUUCACCUACGCUAAACAACUCAGGGCAGUAUUCCCGCUAUCCUUAUAGUAACCUUAAUCAGGGAUUAGUUAAUAAUACAGGGAUGAAUCAGAAUUUAGGCCUUACAAACAACACUCCAAUGACUCCGUCUGUACCUAGAUACCCAAACGCUGUGGGGUUUCCAUCAAACAAUAGUCAAGGACUGAUGCACCAGCAACCCAUUCAUCCUAGCGGCUCACUUAACCAAAUGAACACACAAACUAUGCAUCCUUCACAGCCUCAGGGAACCUAUGCUUCUCCACCUCCCAUGUCACCCUUGAAAGCAAUGAGCAAUCCAGCAGGCACCCCUCCGCCACAAGUUCGGCCUGGCAGCGCAGGGAUACCUAUGGAUGUUGGAAGUUACCCAAAUAUGCCCCAUCCGCCAAGUCACCAGCCCCCUGGCGGCAUGGGUAUGGGACAAAGGAACAUGGGUCCCAGGAACAUGCCGCAGGGUCAGACAUUCAUAGGUAUGUCCUCAACACCAAGGGAGAUGGGUGGGCAUAUGAGACCAAAUGGCUGUCCUGGAGUUAGCCAUGCAGAUCCACAGGCAAUACAAGAACGGAUGAUGUCUGGACAGCAGCAUCCCGCUCAUCAAUCUUUUCAGCAGCAAAUGGCAAACUGUCAGCCUCAUCCAGCUAUGCACCAUCAGUCUUCACCGCCGUCACAUUCUCAUCACCAACCAUGGACUUCGCUUCAUCAGUCACCUCAGAGUACCCCCCAGAAAGUGCCUGUCCAUCAGCAUUCCCCAUCGGAACCUUUUCUUGAUAAUUCUGUACCGGAUAUGACUCGAAUUGGUGGCCCCAAUGCUCCUUUAAUGACCACAGAAGACUUUUUGCCAUCAAUGCAGUCUCAGCCUCAACAGAAGAAAAGGAAGAAAAAAAACAACCACAUUACUGCGGAUGCUAGCCAAGGUUUUGGUCAGGAAGGUUUCCUAGGAGACAACCUAGACUUCUCAAUUGAGGGAGCACCAGAUGGCAAGAAAAAGAAAAAGCCGAAGGUUAAAAAAGAACCCAAGGAGCCAAAAGAGCCCAAAGCAAAGAAAGAGCCCAAGGAACCUAAGGCUCCUAAACAGCCCAAACCUCCCAAAGAGCCAAAAGAGAAAAAGGUGAAGUCAACCACACCAAAAGCAAAGACCAGCAAGAAAGCAAGUAAUAAGUCUGAUGCUGAGGGAAGUGCACAAAAGAAAAAAGCUGUUAAGGCGAAGCCUGAAGGUGCGGAAGCCUCCGAUUUGGACAAAACUACUGUUUCUACUACUGCUACUGCUACUACUACUCCUCCUACUACUACUACUACUACUUCCCCACCACCAGAAGAAGAGGAUGACUCUGGCAUACAGAAAAGACGCUCCAGCAGGCAGGUAAAGAGGAAACGUUACACAGAAGAUCUGGAGUUCAAGAUUUCAGACGAUGAGCCGGAUGAUCUCGAUCCUACCGGGAGAUAUUCCCCAUCAAAUACAUCACAAUCUGAGCAGCAGGAGUCUUUAGAUGCCGAAGGACCUGUUGUGGAGAAAAUAAUGAGCAGUCGUGUAGCAAAGAAACAGCUGGAGUCUGGGGAAGAAGUAGAAGUUGAAGAAUUUUAUGUGAAGUAUAAGAACUUUUCAUAUUUGCACUGCCAAUGGGCCACCUUGGAGGAGCUUGAGAAAGACAAGAGGAUUCAGCAGAAAAUCAAGCGUUUUCGCGCCAAGCAAGGCCAGAACAAGUUUCUCUCUGAGAUUGAAGAUGAUCUGUUUAAUCCUGACUAUGUGGAAGUCGAUCGGAUACUUGACAUCUCCAACAGCACAGAUGAGAAGGGAGAGCCAAUGACUCACUACUUGGUGAAGUGGUGUUCCCUUCCAUAUGAGGACAGUACAUGGGAACUGAAGCAGGACUUGGAUCCAGCAAAGAUUGAAGAAUAUGAGAAACUCCAGAGCAGGGAGCCAGAAACAGAACGCGUGGAGCGACCUCCUGCCGACGAGUGGAAGAAAUCGGAGAGUUCCAGGGAGUAUAAAAACAAUAACAGUCUCAGGGAAUACCAGUUGGAGGGAGUGAACUGGCUGCUGUUCAAUUGGUACAACACACGUAACUGCAUCUUAGCUGAUGAAAUGGGCUUGGGUAAAACCAUCCAGUCGAUCACUUUCCUGUACGAGAUCUACUUAAAGGGUAUACACGGCCCAUUCUUGGUCAUUGCUCCUCUUUCUACCAUCCCAAAUUGGGAGAGAGAAUUUCGCACAUGGACAGAGCUGAAUGUGGUAGUUUAUCAUGGAAGUCAAGCAAGCAGGAAAACCAUACAAGUUUAUGAAAUGUACUUUAAAGAUGCACAGGGACGAGCAAUAAAGAAUGCCUACCGGUUCCAUGCCAUCAUUACAACAUUUGAGAUGAUUCUGACAGACUGCCCCGAGCUCAGAAACAUUCACUGGCGUUGUGUAGUUAUCGAUGAGGCUCACCGGCUGAAGAAUAGGAACUGCAAGCUUUUGGAAGGGCUAAAGAUGAUGGAUCUGGAACACAAAGUGCUGCUAACAGGGACCCCUUUGCAAAACACUGUGGAGGAGCUUUUCAGCCUGCUGAAUUUCCUAGAACCCGAACGCUUCCCUUCAGAGAGCAACUUCAUGCAAGAGUUUGGUGAUCUGAAAACUGAAGAACAGGUACAAAAACUUCAAGGUAUCUUGAAACCCAUGAUGUUAAGACGUCUCAAAGAAGAUGUUGAAAAGAACUUGGCCCCUAAGGAAGAAACAAUUAUAGAAGUAGAGCUGACAAACAUCCAGAAGAAAUAUUACAGAGCAAUUCUGGAGAAAAACUUUACCUUCCUCUCCAAAGGAGGGGGUGGUGGACAUGCAAAUGUUCCCAAUCUGCUAAACACUAUGAUGGAGCUGAGAAAAUGCUGCAACCAUCCCUACCUUAUUAAUGGUGCUGAAGAGAAAAUUUUGGAAGAGUUUAGAGACGCGCACAGUGGUGACCUUCCAGAUUUUCCGCUCCAGGCUAUGAUCCAGGCCGCUGGCAAACUAGUUCUGAUUGACAAGCUGCUGCCAAAACUGAAGGCUGGUGGCCACAGGGUGCUCAUCUUCUCCCAGAUGGUGCGUUGCUUGGACAUUCUGGAAGACUACCUCAUCCAACGCAGAUACCCAUAUGAGAGAAUUGAUGGCAGAGUGAGAGGCAACCUGCGUCAGGCUGCUAUUGACAGAUUCUCCAAGCCUGAUUCUGAUAGGUUUGUGUUCCUGCUGUGUACAAGGGCAGGAGGUCUGGGCAUUAAUUUAACUGCUGCUGAUACUUGCAUUAUCUUUGAUUCUGACUGGAACCCCCAGAAUGACCUUCAGGCACAAGCACGGUGCCACCGUAUUGGGCAAAGUAAAUCAGUGAAAAUUUAUCGACUGAUCACAAGAAAUUCCUAUGAGCGGGAAAUGUUUGAUAAGGCCAGUCUCAAACUUGGCUUGGAUAAGGCCGUAUUGCAGUCAAUGAGUGGACGGGAGAAUGCAACGAAUGGGGUACAACAGCUUUCUAAGAAGGAAAUAGAAGACCUACUGCGGAAGGGGGCAUAUGGUGCUCUGAUGGAUGAAGAAGACGAAGGCUCCAAGUUCUGUGAAGAGGAUAUUGAUCAAAUUCUUUCCAGAAGAACUCACACCAUCACUAUAGAGUCUGAAGGAAAGGGCUCAACCUUUGCCAAGGCCAGUUUUGUUGCUUCUGGAAACAGGACAGAUAUAUCUUUGGACGAUCCUAAUUUCUGGCAGAAAUGGGCAAAGAAAGCGGAGCUGGAUCUUGAUGUAUUAAAUGGAAGGAACACUCUGGUAAUUGAUACCCCACGUGUAAGAAAACAAACCAGGCUUUACAGCGCCGUAAAAGAAGAUGAACUCAUGGAAUUUUCUGACUUGGAAAGUGAUUCUGAGGACAAGCCCAACAUCAAACCACGUAGGCCUCAGGAAAAGUCUCAGGGCUAUGCAAGAAGCGAAUGCUUCAGAGUUGAGAAAAAUCUACUGGUUUAUGGGUGGGGUCGCUGGAUGGAUAUUCUUUCCCACGGCCGUUUCAAGCGCCAGCUCUCUGAACACGAUGUGGAAACCAUCUGCCGUACUAUUCUGGUCUACUGUCUGAACCAUUACAGAGGGGACGAGAACAUUAAGAGUUUCAUCUGGGACCUCAUUACACCAACAGAGGAUGGCCAGACACGUGCUCUAGUGAACCACUCUGGUCUCUCUGCCCCAGUACCCAGAGGACGGAAAGGAAAGAAGGUGAAAAGCCAAAAUGCUCAGCCCGUGCUCAAACAUGCGGACUGGCUCCACAGCUGUAACCCCGAUGCCUUGUUUCAGGAGGAUAGCUACAAAAAGCAUCUUAAGCAUCACUGUAACAAGGUCCUGCUGCGUGUCCGCAUGCUGUACUAUCUCAGGCAAGAAGUGAUAGGGGACCAAGCUGACAAAAUCUUAGAGGGUGCUGACUCAAGUGAGGUUGAUGUUUGGAUCCCGGAGCCGUUCCAUGCAGAAGUUCCCACUGACUGGUGGGACAAUGAAGCCGAUAAGUCCCUUUUAAUAGGCGUCUUCAAGCAUGGGUACGAGAAGUACAAUUCUAUGCGGGCCGACCCAACUUUGUGCUUCCUGGAGAGAGUUGGUAUGCCUGAUGCUAAAGCGAUUGCGGCAGAGCAGAGGGGGACAGAUAUGCUUGCAGAUGGUGGAGACGGAGGAGACUUUGACCGAGAGGAUGAAGAUCCAGAAUACAAACCCGCGAGGCUUGCGUUUAAAGAUGACAUUGAUGAGUUUGCCAACUCUCCCCUGGAGGACAAAGAAGAAUCAAUGGAUGUGGACUCACAAGAAAAAGGAGACGAAGGCAGUGCAGAGGGCAAACUAUAUUGGCCCAAUACCUCAGCGCUCACUACCCGCCUACGGCGCCUCAUAACUGCCUAUCAACGUAGCUAUAAGCGGCAACAAAUGAGACAAGAAGCACAAAUGAAGACCGAUCGUAGAAGACGACGGCCUCGGGAAGAAGUAAGAGCCCUGGAAGCAGAAAGGGAAGCAAUUAUCACCGAGCGAAGGCAAAAGUGGACAAGACGUGAGGAGGCUGACUUCUACAGAGUAGUUUCUACAUUUGGAGUAAUUGUUGACCCAGCUAAACAAAAGUUUGAGUGGAACCAGUUUAGAGCUUUUGCCCGUCUUGAUAAGAAAUCUGAUGAGAGUUUGGAGAAGUAUUUCAGCUGCUUUGUUGCAAUGUGCAGAAGAGUGUGCCGUAUGUCAAACAAGCCUGAGGAUGAAUUGUGUGAUCUCUCAAUGAUUGAACCUAUAACUGAGGAGCGUGCCUCUAGAACACUUUACCGUAUUGAACUUCUGCGCAAGAUAAGGGAACAAGUACUUAAUCACCCCCAGCUGAAUGAACGGCUUAAAUUAUGCCAGCCAAACCUCGACUUACCGGAAUGGUGGGAUUGUGGGAAGCAUGACAGAGACUUACUGGUUGGUGCUGCAAAGCAUGGGGUCAGUAGGACAGACUAUCAUAUCCUUAAUGAUCCUGAGUUAUCUUUUCUGGAGGCACACAGGAAUUUUGCUCAAAACAGAGGAGGUGCACAUCCAAAUAUGUCCAUGCUUUUACCACCUGGCUCUAGUUAUAGUGAUACACCACCCAUAAUGCCCUCCACUCCAGUGCCAGAUGAAAAAGCUGCAGAGCAGGAGGAAGUAAAGUCUGAGAAGACUGAAGAUGUGGAAAUAAAAGGAGAAGCAGAAGUUAAAGAGGAGGAGGAAGCAGAACCUGGUGAGAAGCCUGUAAAACAGGAGAGCGACCCUGAACCUGCCCCUGUGAAACAUGAAAUUAAAGAUGCAGAGAUGACACCAGAUGUGGACCCAAAAUCCAAUUCGGAAAAGGGCUCUGAAGAAGAUGAAGAAAAAUUGGAUGAGGAUGACUACAAAUCUGAGGAGUCCUCUCAAGCAGAAGCUGGAAUAACCUCUCAAGAUAAGAACUUUGAUGAAGAAAGCAACGCUUCCCUCAGUACAGCUAGGGACGAAACCCGCGAUGCUUUCUACUUGGAAGACUGUGAGCAGUCUGGACUUCAUAUGCUUCGCGAGAGGACAUUCUCCUUCUCUUUCUGGCCCAAGGAUCGUGUGAUGAUCAAUCGAUUAGACAACAUCUGUGAGACUGUACUGAAAGGAAAGUGGCCAGUAAAUAGACGCCAGAUGUUUGAGUUCCCGGGGCUCAUCCCUGGGUACACACCAACUGCUGUGGACAGCCCGCUGCAGAAGAGAAGCUUCGCUGAGCUCUCCAUGGUGGCCCAGGGCAACUUCAGUGGAAGUGAAGAUAUCAGUGCUUCUACACAACUGUCUCAGGAUGCUUCAUUGAGCCUGUCUGUACCGCGUCAGCGCAGACGGAGAAGAAGGAAAGUUGAGGUUGAAGCAGAAAGGGCUGCCAAGAGGCGAAAUCUUAUGGAGAUGGUGGCUCAGCUGCGUGGAUCUCAAGUGGGGGCAGAAAAUGGACAAGAAUCUGUUGUGGAUUUAUCAAAUGCCUCGAGGGAGGCGACAAGUUCUACCUCAAAUUUUGCAUCUCUUACUCCUAAGUUUAUCUUGCCUAAUUCCUCCACCCCUGUCUCGGAUGCCUUCAAAAGUCAAAUGGAGCGACUGCAGGCAGGUCUUUCUUGCACACCGACCAGGCAUCUUCUCAAUGGUUCUUUAAUAGAUGGAGAGCCUCCAAUGAAGAGGAGAAGAGGACGGAGGAAAAAUGUGGAAGGUCUUGAUCUUUUGUUUAUGAGCAACAAGCGAAGUUCAUUAUCUGUGGAGGAUACUGAUGUGACCAAAGCAUACGAGGAAGAUAUUGAAACGCCACCAGCCAGAAACAUUCCAUCUCCCGGGCAGCUUGAGCCAGAUACCCGGAUCCCUGUUAUUAACUUGGAGGAUGGGACCAGACUAGUGGGGGAAGAUGCGCCCAAAAAUAAAGAUUUGGUUGAUUGGUUGAAAUUACAUCCUACGUACACUGUUGAUAUGCCAAGUUAUGUACCAAAGAGCACAGAUAUGUUGUUCUCCCCUUUUCAAAAGCCGAAGCAGAAGCGUCAUAGAUGUCGAAACCCCAAUAAACUGGAUAUUAAUACUUUAACGGGAGAUGAACGAGUGCCUGUAGUCAAUAAGCGAAAUGGAAAGAAGAUGGGUGGUGCAAUGGCCCCUCCUAUGCGGGAUCUUCCUCGCUGGUUAGAAGAGAACCCAGAGUUUGCUGUAGCUCCAGACUGGACGGACAUUGUUAAGCAGUCUGGUUUUGUACCAGAGUCAAUGUUUGACCGACUUCUGACUGGACCUGUUAUAAGGGAAGAGGGUGCUAGCCGAAGAGGGAGAAGGCCAAAAAGUGAAAUUGCCAAAGCAGCUGCAGCAGCCGCUGCUGCUGCUGCUGCAGCCUCAACGUCUGGAAUAAACCCGUUGCUGAUGAAUAGUCUGUUUGCUGGAAUGGAUCUCGCCAGUCUUCAGAAUCUUCAAAAUCUGCAGUCUCUCCAGCUUGCUGGUCUUAUGGGGUUCCCUUCAGGUCUCACGACAGCUGCUGCAGCUGGAGGCGAUUCUAAAAACCCUACUGCAAUGCUGCCUCUAAUGCUGCCAGGCAUGGCAGGGCUACCUAACAUGUUUGGGCUUGGUGGACUUCUAAAUAACCCCUUAGCAGCUGGCGGUGGUAAUUCUACUACUGCUUCCAGUCAAGAAACUGAAGAUGGCACUUCAAAGUCCGAUGAGAAGGGAGAAACUGAUGAGGAUGGCAAAGACUCUGAGAAAACUACAGACACUGUUAAUGCUACUGACUCUGGUGCUACUGCUGCUGCUACUACCACAGCUGGGUUAACUGCAAAUCAUUUGGCCUUCAGUCCUUUCCUACUGUCCACCAUGGCUCCAGGCCUGUUCUACCCAUCCAUGUUUCUACCUCCAGGGCUUGGAGGAUUGACACUGCCUGGUUUCCCAUCACUAGCUGGACUUCAGAGUGCUGUAAGCUCUAGUGAAGAAAAGGCCAUGGACAAAGGGGAAGUAGAGAGUCAGGAAGCCAGUGAUGUAGAAGAGACCCUGGACAAAACUGCAGACUCAUCCGUUUUGGAAGAUGAAACGGCACAUGGAGAAGAAAUGGACUCGUCCGUUGCAGGGGAUGAAAAUGAUAAGGACAACGAUGAAUAACGGUCUCAGUUACAGUGUUCUAAAAAAAAAUUUCAAGUGGUAGUCCUACUGUUUACACUCACAGUAAAUGUCCAUAACUAGUUUUUAUAAGCUGUUCUGUAAAAUAGUGUAGCAAAAAAAAGGAAAAAAAUCCAAGUCAUGUCACACGGAUGUGUCAAAAAGGUAUUUUUGGUCAUUAAGUAUUGUGCAGUGCAUUAUUUAUAAUUUCUCACAAAAUGUUUUUGGAGGACAAAUUUUGUUUUUUCUAAAGGAAAUUAACAUAAUGCGCUGCAGCGGUUUAUUUUUAUUAUUUUUUUUACCGUUGGUAUUAUGUCAGCAGCAACUCUUUUUGGAUUAAUGGUGCAAAUCGAAGGACAGGCUGCUUAAGGAAUUAUGAAGUUAUUUAUCUCUUUGGGGUUUUUUUGUCUUUUUUUUUUUUUUUUCUUUCUUUUUGCUGUGAAGGUCAAGAUGAAUUUCUUACAUAUCAUUACCUUUUUUGACUGUAUAUGAGGGUUCCACACACACAAAACGGUUUCAGACAAUCUCCAUGAUGUAGUGACGUCUCUGUCUUAGAGGCACAGCAAUACAAGGCAGCUGUUGAAUGUGAAAAGUAUCCGAUUUAUUUUCUUGGGGUUUUUUUGUUUUUCUUUUAACACACUCACUGCUAAAGUUGUUACAGGACAAAACUACAGUAAAGUCGUCUCAUGAAUUUUAUAAUGCACUGGUUUAAGCAUAAAAUUAAAAAUCAGGUACCUUUUUUUGUUUUUUCCUUCUUGUUUUUAAUUUAAAGGACUUUGUUACUUUAGCCACAAAGCUAAACAGCAUUACCUCAA